ACAGCCCUCAGGCCCUGGGCCUAGCCUCAGUACACAGUUGUCACCUUAGACAGGCUGCAAGCCAUUGCUUCUGUGUCCCCAGCCCGUGAGUGAUUUCCCAGAAGCUCAGGGGCCCCCAAAGUCAUGUGGAUUCUUGGGAUACUGCUGCCCCUGCUGGCCACCUGCUUGGCAGUGCGUGGGGACCCUGUGCCCACCGUGCUUGAGGACAUCCAAGUGCAGGAAAACUUCGAUCUCCCCAGGGUCUAUGGAAAGUGGUUCCAGUUGGCCAUCGGCUCCACCUGCCCAUGGCUGAAACGUUUCGUGAACAAGCUGGCAGUGAGCACGAUGGUGCUGGGUGCGGGUGCCACUGAGGGGGACCUCAGUGUGACUAUCACACGCUGGCGGAGAGGGGUCUGUGAAGAGAGCUCAGAGGCUUAUGAGAAAACAGACAUGGUCGGGAAGUUCCGUUAUCGUAAUACCCAUUGGAACAGGGAGAUAGAGUCCUAUGUGGUACGUACCAACUAUGAUGAGUAUGCCAUCCUGCUCUCCAAGAAGCACAGCCAUCGCCAUGGAACCACCAUCACUGCCAAGCUCUAUGGGCGGGAGUCGCAGAUCAGGGAGAGCCUGGUACAGGACUUCAGGGAGUUUGCCCUGGGUGUGGGCAUCCCGGAGGACUCCAUCUUCACCAUUCCAGACAGAGGUGAAUGUGUGCCUGGGGAGAAGGAGCCAGAAAUCAGACUACCCGAGAGAUUCCGGCGGGCUGUGAUUCCUCAGGAAGAUGAAGGAUCAGGGGCUGGGCAACUAGUAUCUAGUCAGAGCAAGACUGAAGACUCCUGCCAACUGGCUUUCGCAGAAGGUCCCUGUUUGGGAAUGGUCAAGAGGUAUUUCUACAACGGCACAUCCAUGGCCUGUGAGACAUUCCAGUAUGGUGGCUGUCUGGGCAAUAAUAAUAACUUUGCUACUGAGAAGGAGUGUUUGCAGACUUGCCGGACUGUAGCUGCCUGCAAUCUUCCCAUAGUCAAAGGCCCCUGCAGAGGCUUCACUGAGCUUUGGGCAUUCGAUGCAGCCAAGGGCAAGUGUGUUCCUUUCAGCUAUGGGGGCUGCAAGGGCAACGGAAACAAGUUCUACUCAGAGAAGGAGUGCAAAGAGUACUGUGGCGUGCCUGGAGAUGGAGACGAGGAGCUGCUACGUGCCUAAGCACCGAGUGAGCCAUGCCAGAGGGCCACAGAGCCACAGUGAGGUCAUACGUGUGUCCCAGGGUCAGAUCCAGCAAGCCACCUGGGUUUAAUUAAAGAUAGAACCAUCAACUCCUGCAAACGUA